GGUGGGGGGGUUAAGGGGGAGACGCCACCGAGAGCAAGGGAGGAGAACGCGAGGUCGCCAUGGGGGGAGGCGUCAUGCGCACAGCAGCGAAGGUCGGCAUCGCCGGGGGCGCCGCGGCCGCGGCGAAGGCGGGCAAGGGCGGCGGCCACUUCCGCCGCGGCGCGCCGGCGUUCGCAACGGCCCCCGCCGCCGCCGCCGCCGAGGCGGCGCCGCUGGUCUCCGCCUCGAAUGGGGAGGCCCCUCCAACGGCGGCACAGUGGGCGUCAUCCUGGGAGGUGGACGACUGGGAGUUCGCGGACUGGCGGGACGACGCCGCGGCCGUGGCGGUGACCGAGGCGGAGGUGACGGCGGCCGGAAAGCCGAGACUGGUGUUCGCGCCGCCGUCGAGGGAGGAGGCAGAGGAGGCCACCGCUGAGCUCAGGGACGCCAUAGAGAGGGUUUAUUUUAAUGAGGUUCCGGUAGAGAUUGUUAAGGAACAGGAUAAAGAGCUUAACAAGCUGGCUGCGGAUGCAAUAAUUCCUUCAAUGCCUGGACAUGUAGUGCAAGCCUUUACAUUCUUGAAAUCAAGUCCAGAGGCCCAGAGUGUUGUCGCCUCCCUUGCAUCAGAUAUAAAUGUCUGGGAUGCAGUAUUGAAGAAUGAGAAGGUUAUGGAAUUUUACAAGACUCACCAGCCAACUCCAGUUCAGACAUUCCCCGAGGAUUCCGCCACAGUGGAGUCACUGGAGAAAUUUGAAGAUGCUUCCCCUGAAACUGUAUCCCAUGGGGAACUGCCUGCCGGCUCACCUUUCGCAGACUUUGUGGAUAAUGCCAAGAAGACAGUGAUGGAGCUAGUCGACAAUAUAACCCACUUCUUCCAGGACAUGUUCCGGAACCCGGCAGAAGACCAAGCUGGAGCGGGCUCGUCAGCUGAGAAGGGCCCUACUUUCGCGGAGAUGGCUGCUGGGGGAUCCUUCAUGGCUCUGGCCAUAGGGGUCAUCCUAGUGGUUCUGUUCAAGAGGCAUGAUUAGCUCACGCCACCUGGGACUUGUCGCACUUUGAAUCUGUCGAAAAUUACUUGGGUCUGUCAUAUGGCUUAAGAACUACUAAUGUAAUGUACAGCUUUUGUCCUUCGCAUCAUCCCAGUUUCGAUGACUGUGGAAACAGUACAAUAAAAGACGAUCUCUGAUAUAUAAAAUGUUAUAUCUGUA